AUGAAAGGGGCCGUCUGCUUUUUUAGGCUCAAGAUCCCCCCUUCCGGCAACCGAUGCUUGGCCAUGGGUUGCGGCGCGAGCACUCAGAAUGUGUCGCACCACAAAAUUACACUGUCCCAGCUCAUCCCUGCCCACGUGCCAUCACAACAGCAUGCUGAUGUAUGUCUGGAUCGAGGGACGGCCGACCCUAAUGCCGCAAAGUACGAACAGAGCUCAUCCAAGGAGGAGCACGAAGAGCCGGGGCCUGUGGUCCUGCAUGGUCGUUCAUCGAGUGGUGCAGUGGAGGAGGAGUCGGGUGAGGAGUCGGGUGAGGACAAAGACAUCUGGUCUUCCUGGAGUUCACGCUGCUGGCGGGAUCGCCCAAGAAUCCCAGCAAAUGCCUCCCUGCCACCAGAUCGCCGCUCACAUGCCCGCCAUCUUAGGAGGCUGGUUGAUUUUCGCCGAGAGGUGGAGCGCGCACCCAAGACCUUUGCGGAGAUGGUGUACUUGCACCGAUCACAAGUGAGAAAUGUCAGAGUGCUCCCUGACGACAGGAAGGGUCAGCAAAGCUGA